GAGUUGAAAUUUUUUCGAGCAACAUUUUCGCAGUUGGCUGCGUCAGUUCCAUUUUGACGGCUGUGAGAAAAAUUUCGUACAUUUAACGCGCGAAAUUUUCUCUAUUUUAGUGAAACAGCAACCUAGAUAAACUCCAAAAACUGUGCAAAAAUAAAGAAUAAUCCUAAAAUAUUUGCUACGUUGGAGAACGGUAGCACGAGCACUUAGUUGCAAAAUAUAGACUACCAAAAACGUAAACGUUUUUGUUUCGUGCGUGACGUGAAGAAAAAGUUACAUUCUUUGAUUUCUGCAGCGGCGUGUUAAAUUUUGUUUUGAAGCCUUAACUGAAAACAGCUUUUUUAUAAAAGAAACUAAUGUAUGGAAAUAUGAAUAAUGGUGGCCACGCGCCAUACGGAUACAAUGGUUAUAGACCGAGCGGUGGGCGUAUGUGGGGCAUGUCCCAUUCACUGCCAUCUGGCAUGUCACGUUAUGCGUUUUCACCGCAGGACACAGAUUUCACAUCAUCGUAUCCAGGUCCAUCGAUGAAUCGCCGCGGUGGUUAUAAUGAUUUUUCAGGAGGCGGCGGCGGUGGCGGCGGCAGCGCCAUGGGCUCCAUGAACAAUAUGGUGAAUGCUGCCAGCACAAAUUCGCUGAAUUGUGGCGGCGGUGGUGGCGGGGACGGACAUGGAGGCGGCUCGAAUGGCACAAAUCUAAUUGUCAACUAUUUGCCACAGGAUAUGACAGAUCGCGAACUCUAUGCUUUAUUUCGGACAAUUGGCCCCAUCAACACAUGCAGAAUAAUGAGAGAUUAUAAGACUGGCUACAGUUUUGGUUAUGCUUUUGUUGAUUUCGCUGCCGAAACGGAUUCACAACGAGCGAUAAAGAGCUUAAACGGAAUAACGGUCCGCAACAAGCGUUUAAAGGUUUCAUAUGCUCGGCCUGGCGGUGAAUCGAUCAAGGAUACAAAUUUGUAUGUCACGAAUCUACCACGUACUAUAACCGAUGAUCAAUUGGACACCAUAUUCGGUAAAUACGGCAUGAUUGUACAAAAGAAUAUACUCAGAGACAAAUUGACGGGCAAACCACGUGGUGUUGCCUUUGUAAGAUUCAAUAAACGCGAAGAGGCGCAAGAAGCAAUUUCCGCACUAAACAAUGUCAUACCAGAGGGUGCGUCCCAACCGCUCACCGUACGACUGGCCGAGGAGCAUGGCAAGGCGAAAGCGCAACACUAUAUGUCUCAGCUCGGCUUGAUUGGUGGAGGUGGUGGUGGUGGCGGUGGCGGCGGCGGUGGUGGCGGUGGCAUGGGAGGACCACCACCACCGCCCAUGAAUAUGGGCUACAACAACAUGGUGCACAGAGGUAGACAAAAUAAAUCACGUUUCCAAAAGAUGCAUCCCUAUCAUAAUGCACAGAAAUUCAUUUAAAUAAUGAAAAGAAAAAAUCAAAAAAAAAAACAUUUUUUUUCCAUUAAUCGAUUAAUUGCGUUCGCCGCAGUAGUUAGUUAUGCAUCAAUACAUAUGUAUGACGAUCUAUAAUCUAAAGCGUCUUUGUUGAGUAAGUCAAUAUGACACACAGCGCAGUGCAGGAAUUUUCUUUUCUUUUUUUUUUUGUAAUUUUGCACGGUGAAUACAUACAUGCAUAUGUAUGUAUAUAUAUAUGCUAAAUAUAAACAGACAGCGCGAUAUACUGUGCAGAGCAAUAGUUUUAAAUAAUAACAAUAAAUUUAAUUUUUUUCUCAUAAAAAUCUGAAAAUUACAAAACAGACAACUCCAACUGCAGCAAACUGAAUAAUUCAUAUUUUUUGUAAUUUUUUUUUUGUUCAAUGUUUCUACUUAUACGUAAUGAUUUAUAUAUAUUAUAUAUAUAACAAUAAUAAUAAUACUACUACUACCAAAAUAUGCUGCUGUCUUCUGUUUAAGCCUGUCUUUUGCUUUAACCAGCGAAAUGAGGUGUAAAUGUGUAGGCGUAGCAAAAUAUAUCCGUAAAUAUAUAUAUAUUUUUUUAAAUAAUAUUUUUUUUUAAUGCUUAAAGGUGGAUGCCGAUGUAUUGUAAUUGUGUAAUUGAGUAAAAUAAAAUAUUUAAUAAUACAUUGUAUACAUACAUACAUAUGUACAUAUGUAUAUAUACAUUUAAAAUAUUAUACUAAAACUUAAAACUCGGAAAUUACAUAAUUGAGAGGAAAAUGAAAAAAAUUGAUAGAAUUCAAUUUAAUAAAAAGAACAUAGUUGAAAUAGAAACAGUAAUUUCAUUAACUCGGCUAUAAUCGCGGAAGCGGAGCUACGCCAGUGAAGAAAACUGUAUUAAAUCGCAAUCGAAGAAAUUUACUAUUAAAUUUAAUUUUUAUACAAAUAAAACAUUUCGGCUUGUGUUUUAAUAAAUAAUUGUAUGUAGAUUUGGGCAUCGGCAUUGACCACCACAAGCAAUAUUUUUCUCUUAUUCACUUCAACGAAUUCACAGCUAAACAGAAAUAUUAUAUAUAUUUUUAAUAUUUUCGUUGAUAUUAUUUUGUUUAUUUUUUUUUUUCAUUUUUCUACAUAUUUUUUAAUUUGUCUAAAAUUUUUUUUUAAAUUAUAGUAUUGUUCUUUUCUUAAUUUUUUUGAAUAAUUUUUUUUUUUUUAAAUUGUAAAUGCAAUUACUUCUACAACAAUUUUACACUAUAAGUCAACUUUUCAAAAACUUAAUUUCUUGAAAUGUAUACAUUAUGGCAAAUUUCAAUUGGAAAAAUUAAAAAAUUAGCAACAAAAAAUACAAAUAAAUAAAAA